AAUGGUGGAAUUCUGAGUUUCACAAGGUGGAACUCUAGUUUUUAAAGCAAUCCUUAUGGGCAGGAAAGGCCCAUCCUGCAGUUCUUAAUGUUAGCAUGUUAGCACCUCAAAGGUGUCACACCCUCCACCAAAGGGGCCCUAGCAACUUGUAGAAUGUAGGUUAUUAUGAGGACACGGGAUUGUGAUGGUGGCCAGGCUGUGGAAUCUGGUGAGGCCAAAUGUCAGCACCUCAAAUGAUGUCUUGUGACCCCACCUGGCAGCGUUCUGGUUUUCUGGAUGGCAGCAGAGGACAGGGAGAUGAUGGAAGCCCGGGGUGCGGGAGAAAGUUGCCCAACCUUCCCCAAGAUGGUGCCUGGUGACUCCAAGUCUGAAGGGAAGCCAAGGGCUUGUCUGGAGGCAGAGUCCCAGAAGCCAGACUCCUCCUAUGACUACUUGGAAGAGAUGGAAGCUUGUGAGGACGGAGGCUGCCAAGGGCCGCUUAAAUCGCUGUCCCCCAAGUCCUGCCCUGCCACCAAAGGCCAGGCAGGUGACGGACCCAAACCCGCAGAGCUGCCCCCGGCCCCUGGGACUGAGCGCAAUCCCGAGAUGGAGCUGGAGAAGGUGCGCAUGGAGUUUGAGCUCACACGGCUCAAGUACCUGCAUGAGGAGAACGAGCGGCAGCGGCAGCACGAGGUGGUGAUGGGGCAGCUGCAGAGGGAGCGGGAGCGGCAACACGAGGUGGUGAUGGAGCAGCUGCAGCAAGAGGCAGCACCCCACCUGUUUUCAGGAGGCCUCCAGAACCUCCUGCUGCCCCAGAACCAGUUUGCCAUGUUCCUGUACUGCUUCAUCUUCAUUCAUAUCAUCUAUGUCACCAAGGAGAUGGUCUUCUUUCUCUUCGCCAAGCACUACCUGUUCUGCAUCGUGGCCAUUUUGCUCUGUUUGAUUAAAACUUUCUGGUAUAAUGUAAUAGAGUCCAUUUGGCAGGGAAUUCCAGCAGAAGCAUAUGAGAAACAUCUCAGAGCAGGGCUGGGGGCAGGCCAGAGUAUCCGUUCAUCCUUCUUCUACAUCUAUCCUGAAUGUCCCCAAACCCCCCCGCGUUCCUCUAAAAUCCCAUUCUCUCCAGUACAGAUGCUCUGCCAGGUUAGGGUGCGUUCUGUUCUGCGUUUUUCCAACCCGCCUAAACGCUUCCUUUCAUCAGGGAAAGCCUCCCAGCCGGCCGCGUCCCCACCCUACACCGGCCCAGUCCUGGCUCCCCGAGUCCAACACGGUUUUGCUAGCUAG